AUGAGGCAUUCACUUGUCCUCCCCACAGCUUCAUACAUCGAACACGGUUCAUCCGGCGCACCCAUUUUGGGUCUUAUCAAGGUCACAGCUUCCUCCAUUCUCCAGGUUGUCAUUCUCUCCUUGGUUGGAUAUAUUCUUGCCCGGCGAGGAAUCAUCGAUAAACGAACCCAGACCAAGAUCAAUAAGCUUAAUGUCUCCUUUUUCACCCCAGCCUUGCUUUUUUCCAAGGUAGCUUUUACCCUCAAUCCCGCAAGGUUGGCCGAGUUGAUCAUCGUGCCGUUGGGGUUUGUCAUUGUUACGGUCGUAUCGACACUGAGUGCAGUGGUGCUAUCGUGGAUGGCGAGCUUAUCGACGGCGCAGAGGAAUUUUGCGAUUGCUUGUGCGAUUUCGCCCAAUUCGAAUUCGUUGCCGGUUGCGUUGAUGCGGUCGUUGGUGGUUACUGUGCCUCAGCUGCACUGGGAUGAGCAGGGGGAGCCGGAGGACACUGUGGAUGGCAUGUUGGGAAGAGCGUUGACUUAUUUGGUGCUUUUUAGUACGCUGGGCAUGUUUCUUCGUUGGAGUGUCGGUGCAAAACUGCUUAGUAGUGUAGAGGAGAAUGUUGAGAACGAGAACAACAAUGUUGAUCGUGCUUCCGAAACCAGCAACCCGAACCCAUCCUCGUCCGCUAGCGAAAAUGACAGUCAUCAGGGUCGACCAUGCAUCACCCUUCGUCGUCCCACUGGCGAGCGACGGCCUAUACGAACGAGGACCGGUCCUCCUGCUUGGGCACGCAGCUUUCCCAACUCACCGGAUGCUAAUGCCCAGAAUUACGGUGCUGCUCGCGGCGACGACGGUCACGAUUCCGAUGUCGAAGAUGAACCCCUGGAAGCAUACGAAGAAGAAGGCCAGAUCACUCUCCCAGGUGCAAGCAACAGUCGUGAGAAUCGUUCAUGUUGGAAAAACUUGUCCACGAGCUGCAAAAAAUGGAUUCACAACCUCAUCCUUCGUCCGCUCUAUGCUAUUGGCGGGUUCAUGACUGCGCCACUCUACGCAGCUGUAAUUUCGCUGGUUGUUGCUGUGAUUCCACCACUGCAGAAGUUGAUCGAUUCGUUGGAACCUCUCGUUGGCGCGCUCGAGACAGCAGGCGCUUGUAGUAUCCCGCUGACGAUGGUGGUGUUGGGUGCCUACUUUGUUGCUGAUGCUUCAGCAGUGCAGCAGGCGGCGAGGCAGGGGUCGAUUCCGAAGGUUGUACCUCCUAGUGCACCGGUGGGCGAUGGAUCGACUUGUGCUACUGGUCCUCAACCUACUGCGCUAGAGCGGGUUAAGGCAACAGGAAACCGUGGUACUGCAAGCGAGGUUGAAGAUGAUCCUUGGCGUCAAGCUUCUCUUGAAUCAUCUACUGUGUCUGGUCAGUCGACACUGGUGCAUGCCAAAGAUACCAAGAGGAAAAGAUUGGGUUCGUGGAUGGGGAAAAACCCUUGGAACAGCGGCUCAUCCAGCAAUGGUGGAUCGGAUAUCGAAGAAGUUCGGUACGUUGAAGAGCCAACAUGCUUUAGUCAAGCUUGCACCUCCAACUCGUCCAAUUCGCCUCUUCUCGGCGGAGAAUGGGAUCAAGCAGCACGCAACGCAGAUCUCAACUCUCGCAACUCAGCUGGACGUUUACAGAAGGCAAGCGCAAAACAGGCUUUGGUGACGACUAUGGAACGACGUACGAUCGCAGUCGCUAUUUCAUCCCGUAUGAUCCUAACUCCUCUCAUCCUGCUGCCUUUCGUAGCAUGGUACGCAAUUGCUACCGCAAGCAAUGUCAUGGAUGAUCCUGUCUUCGUCGCUUGCGCCUGCCUCAUCAUUGGUUCCCCACCAGCCUUGACACUGGCACAGAUUACAAGUCAAAGUGCACAUGGAAAUCCCAGCUUCGAAAGAUUGAUCAGUAAAACUAUCUUUACUGCUUACACCUUCCUGGCUGCUCCAACAACGAUCGCUUUGGUCUUGACUGCUUUGGUGAUUACAGGGAAUGAUGGGAAUAGGGGGUUUGCACCGUGA